CUUGCUGUACGCAAAGCGAGCUGCAGAGAGCAGCCAAUGUGGCCGUCGUGUGCAAGAUGAUAGGCCGGCCUAUGGAGAUCCAGCCCGCAGGAUCGUGUAGCAAUGCAAAUACUGCAAUCCUCAAAUGAGUCACAUGUGGCUGUGUUGCGUUGUGCAUCGAUGAGGAAGGAUGCAAAACUCAGGUACCUAGGUACCUAGGUCUUCGUUGUGUUGCUCUCUAUAUCUACCUUGAAAAAGUGCUCAGCUCACCUGAUUUCUCUCUCGCGCAUAACACCAAUUCACCGACGAUGAGUAGAUCAGGUGUCUUUUGCAGCGCAUGCGCGCCCGUCUCUGAGAGCGCACCGCAACGAAGGGACCACAUGCGAGAUGCGUGGCAUGUAUCCCACGAUGCCCAGCGCAGAGUCGAUGCGCUACCACCAGCUCUUUUUGACGUCGACGGGCCAAAAAAGAUAGCAGUACCAACUUGCAAGCACGGCACUCUUUCCCUUCCGAAGAACCUACCAUCCAAGGCAGACAGUGCUGAUGGUUGUGGCGAUGUCGUAUAUGGAUCGUCCGCGGCCACUGUAUACUCCCAUCCGAUAACAUUCACCGCAGGAUGCGAUGAUCACUCAGUGACCGCGUCAGUGUCGGGACCAGCGUCAGUGUCGGGACCAACGCCCGAAGUCGUCACAGAUGAAUUGCACGAGGCAACCCACUGCCUGUUCUGUACACAUAUCGACCAUGACCUCGAGCACAAUCUGUCGCACAUGCGACGAGCUCACGGCUUCGUCGUUCCAGACUUGAACAACUUGGCUACGGAUCUCGAGAGUUUGAUCACCUAUCUGGGUCUUGUCAUCGAUGUAUAUCACACUUGCUUGUUCUGUGGACACGAAAAAUACUCUCGGGAGGCAGUACGGGCGCAUAUGCUGUCCAAAGGGCACUGCCAGCUCGACUUGGCCGAGGGAUCUGAGUUCCUGGACUUCUGGGCGUCUAAUGAAAACCAAGCCGACGAGAAGCUUCAGAGACCUAUACCGUCAUUAUCGAGCGAUACCGAAUUCCAAUUGCCCUCGGGUACAAUAGUUAUUUCCAAGAGGACUACUUGUCGACCAUCCGCGAAGCAUUUCCCCAUUCGGGCAAAAAGUCCUGACAGAACCCAUCUAGGGUCCGGAACGAACUCGUCGUCCCGAACGUCUCGUGAUUCUUGUUCAGACCUCACCUCCUCCUCCUACUCAUCAUCGUCUCGAAAAGAUCAGAUUGAGCGAGUACCUCUUGCUCCACGCGACGCUGCUGGAGUUGUCGGUCUUUCUAGUGGCCAAAGACGGACCCUCGCUGUGGCGCAUCGCCGAGCCAAGACCUCGGAGGACCGAGCUACCAACAAGGCACGAUGGACUCUCGAAAAGAUGGGAAAUAGCGUCAAGCAGAAGCACUUCAGGCCUGAUGUCCCUGGUCCGAAGAAUGGGUAGCUGAGCGACGACCACGAUACUUUUGCCCGCUCGAUGACGGACUCCUCGUUCGACUAUCGCGAUGAGACAGCUGCCUGCACCACCCACAGAUGGAUUGUCUCAUUGAAGCUAGGGCUCUUGCUCACUAUCUGCGGCAUACGAUACAGCUCCGCGGAUGCUGCGACCAAUGUGACAACAGCUUACAGGAGAGUAUUAUCUUACCGGAAUGACCAUGACUCGAGUCCACUACACGGAACGUAUCGCAGUGUUCGCGAAUAUGGCCACAAUGCAGGUCCCUCGUCGGCAAGACGGCGCUUCCAGCUCGGUUGCGAUGUUGUGUGCUUUCAUUGGAUCGAAGCUUGUAAGCUUCGCAAAGCUCCCAUCGCAAUUCUCAAACAUUGCUAUUCUCCCGAAUCCUCUCACCAAGGAACGCCUGCUUGACAAGACUGCCGAAUUGUGUAACUUUCACAAACUUCUACUAGAACUUUGGGGACAGCGACUUAUGCUGAUAAGGUAGUCAGCACGCCAUUGUCGUGGCUUGGGAUCUGCAAAUGACUCGACCACGGCCUGCUGAAGAAGCUAGCUGUCCGAUGCCCAUGAGCUCUGGAGACGGGAACUCCACUCCUUCAUUGCACGAAAUGGGGCUUUGGAGGCACCACAAUCCAUGGCGUGCCCAUUGCCUAUUGACGCUAUCUCCUCUCGGCAGGUCGUACACAGAUGAGGGGUACUCAAUGGUUUCGCUGAGACUUAUAUAUGAGAUUUCACUUCCACGCUGACUCUCCCCCUCCGCAAAUCCAAUUCACGCGAGCUUUGCCCCCAGAAUUCACAGCUAUCUCUGUCUAAAUCCAACCCAAGCAAUCUCUCUCCCUCCUUUCGCUGCUCCGUACGAUUCUCCAGUCACUCCCAUCAACGGUCAAGGCAAUCAUGGCAGCUAUCGCUACACACCCAGGCAACAACCGCUUCCUGGAAGCAGCCUACAAGCUCAAAACGGGCACCGAAGCAGAGUGCAAAGCGCUAUACGAAGAAUGGGCCGAGUCAUACAACGACGAUGUGCUCACCGGACAAGAAUACGUUGGGCCAAUGUUGACUGCAGCGGCAGUCAAAGCGGCCAAUGGCAGAGUGGAAGGUGAAUGCCUCGAUGCCGGUACGGGAACUGGACUUUGUGCUGUUGCUCUGCACCAAGUCGGUGCUCGCACGAUCGAUGGCAUUGAUCUUUCCGAAGGCAUGCUCAAAGUCGCCGAACGAACCAAAGUGUUUCGCAACUUGAAAGCUGUCGAUUUGUCUAAGCCCAUCGAUAUCCUUGAUGGCAAGUACGAUGUUGUGACCUGUGUUGGAACAUUCACUCUUGGGCAUGUGGGUCCUACACCGGGACUAUCGGAGCUCGUGAGGGUAUUGAAGAAGGGAGGGGUUUUGGCUGCGACGAUUAUUGAUGAUAUCUGGGUCCCACAAGGUUUCAAGGCGGAAGUGGAGAAGUUGAGGGAUGCAGGGAAAGUCGAGGUUGUGAGUACAGAGCUUGCGGAUUACCGAAAGGCGUACAAUGUGCGAGCACGACUGGUUGUGCUGAGGAAGAAGUAGAC